AUGGUUCAAAUCACUGCUUUAUUAGCUGGCUUCACUGCCGCAGCUGGUCUUGUUGGCUCAGCAGUAGCUCACCCUGGAGGUCACGAGGCCGAGAACCUCGUCAAGCGUGAUGCCGUCUGGCACGCUUCCAAGCGUUCUCUCGCCGCCUGCGCAGAGACCCUCAAUGGCCGUGCCUUAAUGGAGCGCGCUGUCACUCGUCGCAACGAGCUCGCCCAGAAGCUCCGCCAGAAGCGUGGCAUUGAGUCCAACCACCUCUACAAGGCCCGUGAUUUGGCCUCUGCUAUGGCUGUAGACCACCACUCAAACAAGACUGGUAUCUCACAGAACACCCACGCCAGCUACCUCUUUGGCAGCUCAUUCGCGUGUCUUCUUACGCCCGAGGUUACUGAGGGUCCCUACUAUGUAACCGGCGAGUACAUCCGUCAGGACGUCCGCGAGGACCAGGAGGGUGUCGAUGUCUACCUUGAUCUUCAGUUCAUUGAUGUCAACACCUGCGAGCCUGUCCCUGGCAUCUAUUUCGACAUCUGGAACGCAAACUCUACCGGUACCUACUCAGGUAUUGUCGCCAGUGGAAACGGUGACUCCACCGAUUUGACCAACAUCGACAAGACCUUCCUCCGUGGUCUCUGGAACACCGAUCACGAGGGUGUUACCCAGUUCACCACCCUCUUCCCCGGUCAUUACCAGGGACGUGCUACCCACACCCAUAUUGUUGCCCACCAGGGCGGUAUCGUCCAGGCCAACCAGACCUUCUCUGGCGGAAACGUCACCCACGUCGGACAGCUAUUCUGGGACGAGACUCUCCGCUCCGCCGUCGAGACUGUCUACCCAUAUAACACCAACACCCAGGCUGUCACCUCCAACGAGGAGGACAUGUGGGCACCUAGCCAGGCUGACAACGACUAUGACCCGUUCCCAGAGUACGUCUACCUCGGCGACGACGUCAGUGAGGGUAUCCUCGCCUGGAUUUCCAUCGGUAUCAACAGGACUGCUGCCUACGAUAUCUCUGUUGCUGCUACUCUCACCGAGGACGGCGGUGUUGCCUCUGACACUGUCUUCGGUGGUGGAGACGCCGGUGCUGGUGGUGCCAUGAAUGGAACUAUGCCAUCGGGCGGUAUGCCAUCCGGUGUUGCUCCAUCCGGCGCUAUUCCCUCUGGAACUGGCGCCCCUGCAGCUUAA